AAAAAAAAAAAGAAAGGGAGAGAAAAAUAAAAAAUGUCAAUCAAAGUAACUAAGAAUUCAAAUAUCAUUGAAGAAUCUACAAAUUUUGAAAAUUUUGAAAAUAAAAAUGUUUCAGAUGCUAUAACUCUUAUUCGUGAAUAUUACGAAAAGACUGAAUCACUUAGUAAAGAAAACAAGAAAUUAAAAGAAGAAUUUGAGGAAAUAAAUAAUUUAAUAAAUAAUCAAAAAAUCAACGCAGAACUUUCAGAAUUUAUUAAACUUUUUCAAUCUCAUAAAGAAUUACGAGAAAAGUUUAACUCUUUAUCAUCACAAAAACAAACAAUUGAACAACAACUUAAAGAAAAAACAAAUGAAAUAGAAAAAAGUGUGCAAUUAGUUGAAGCUAAAGAUAAUGAAAUAAAGAAUUUAGAAGAAACUAAUUCAAAUUUGAAAGCUGAAGCAUUAAAAUACCAAUCUGCACUUGGAGCUGCAACAAAUUUUCAAUUAGGCGAUGAUGAUAAGAAUAAUUCUGUCAGGUUAAAUGAAGAUAUUGAACAUUUACAAGAUACGUUGGAAGAUUAUGUCACCAACUUAAGAUCAAAAAUAAAGAUUAAUUAUAAAAAAGUAAACAAACUUUUCGCUCAUUAUAAUUGUAAUUUAGAAAUGAAAGCUCGAAUUAAAGAUACAACUCUCAUUAAGGCAUUAUUACAACGACAUGUAGUUGAAUUCAUUUAUGAAAAUGCAAUUAAAUAUUUCGAGGAUGUUAAGAAUACUGAUGAACCUCAAUCACUUGAAUCAGAAAUUAAUUUCAAAGUGAAUGAAUUGAUAAAUCUAACGGAUAAAUUCGCGAAAACACGGUUUGAAAGUGGUAAAGUUACUUCAGCUGUACCUAUUAAAAUAAGACAACAAAUUUAUUCAGCAUUAAGCAAUUAUGGAUUUUCUGAUAUAAUUAAUGAUAAACAAGUAAAGAGCGAGCAUAAAUUCAUCAGUCAGUUCAAGAAACAACUCAAUCAAGAAAUUGAAUCUUAUAGGGAAAUAUCGGAUCAUAAGAAGAAAAAAAAGUGUGAAGAGCUAGCCGCUAAAAUUAUUCGAGAAGUUGUUAAAUUAUUUUUUUUUCGGCUUAAAACUCAAGAACCAAUCGCGAAAUGGAAAUGGUUUAACAAUAAUGAUAAAAUUGAUUCAAUUCAAAUGACAGGAUCCUGGGAUGAUGAUGAUCUUGAAAAUGCAGUUGUUGAAAUAUGUAUUUUUCCUCUUAUUUAUAAAGAUCCUAAUUCUUACUCAACGGAAUUACAAAUUUACACUCCAGCAAAAGUUUUUAUUCGUGAUGAUAAUUCUUUUUCAUCAGAAGAAAAUGGUGAAAAUGGUGUUAACGAAGAAAAAGGUAAAGAAAGUAAAGAAAGUAAAGAUGGCAAAAACAAUAAAACUAAUAAAACCAGUAAAAGUAGUAGUAUAAAUAUUGGUAAAAUUUUUAAAUCGUUUAAUAAGAAAUAAUGUUUCACUUUAUUUGUUUAAUAUUAUAUAUUUUUUUCUUAUAUAUACUUAUACUGUAUAUAUAAUAUAGC